AUGCAAACUACACAUUUAAACAUUUUUGAAAAAGACAAUAAAUCCAAUGAAAAAGAGGGUGAAUCGAAAGAUGGUAUACCCGGAAGCUUUGAAUGUAAUAUAUGUUUAGACACAGUCCAAGAUCCGGUGGUGACGUUUUGCGGCCACCUGUACUGCUGGCAUUGCAUUUACAGGUGGAUUCAACGUCAAGAAACGUCACCAGAAAACCAAAACACAUGGUGCCCGGUUUGCAAAGAAGAAAUCACAGAAAAGACCAUGGUCCCAUUAUAUGGACCAAAUCUAGUCGCAAGUAAUUAUGGUAUAGAAGAGAAGGUUCCAAGAGGCGGUUUAUUAAUCCCACCAAGGCCAACUACCCCGAGGAAUCGCCAACGACUAGGCACAUCAGUACGUGAUGGCUAUCAACGACUUGCACCAACACCGUUGGCUGUAUUGCCAGCUGGUGGUCGUAGUGAUCAUAUGAAUAUUGAUAGUGUGGUGGUUCAUAGUCCGAUAAUUGGGAUGGUUGGAGAGAUGAUAUGUGGUAAGAUUUUGGGCGAUUUGGAUUCCCCUUUAUUUGGUACUCCUCCGAAUUCUUAUAAUAAUAAUCUAGCCGCUGGCGGGAUGGGUGCUCGACGGCGGACAAGUCAAGCAGAUAGAUCGCUUAGCCGUAUAUUUUGUUUAUUGUUUUGUUGUACUAUCUUCUGUCUUGUCAUGUUUACUUAA